AUGUCUGCACUUCUUAAGCAACUGUUUGAGAGUAAAUACUGCUGUGCAGGAUGUAACCAUUAUGUUUUUUCAGAAGCACAGAUUCUGGAUCGAAAGGACCAGCUAGCAACACUGAGCAGCAUUAUCAGCCAAGAGGUGAAAAUCACAAAACAGCAUCACGACCCUUCAAUAGAAAGGAUCACCGCCGGUCUCACAGAUCAUUUAAGUCAGUUUAUUAAAAGUACGGAUUUAUUUGAAGAAAAGCUCAGUGAUGACAUUCGAGCACUCCUAAAUGUUUUGGUUUUUCGUUUUGCCAUACAUCAAGUUAACCAAAAUACAGAAAUGUUACCCAAUAUUACACUGGGGUAUCAUAUUACUGAUUCAUAUUUAGAUGCCAGUGUGGCUGUGAGGAAUGUUCUACAAAUUUUAUCUGGGCCACAGAAGGCAAUCCCCAAUUACUCAUGUUCUAGAGAAGGUAAACUGGUGGGCUUUAUUGGAGAUCAUUUUUCAGUGACAACAAUUCCAAUGGCACAAAUACUGGGGGUCUAUGGAUAUACACAGAUCAGCUACGGAGCUACAGACUACGCUCUCACCGACAGAAUUCUUUAUCCUCAUGUAUUCCGGACAGUUCAGAAUGACCAUGUUCAUUUUUUGGCUGUAGUUGAGCUGUUAAAACACUUUGGCUGGACGUGGGUUGGAAUAUUCACAACAAAUGAUGAUGCCGGAGAUAAAGAAAGAGACAUUUUAACCAAGUACAUGAACAUUUAUGGGAUUUGUGUUGAGUAUACAAUUUUAUUUGGAGUUGACACAAUAAAUGAUGAAAUGUUUGACAAAACGUAUGAAACCACCGCUGCUAUUGUAAAAAAAUCCACUUCCAAGGUCAUCGUAGUUCCGGUAUCCCGAUGCUCCGGACCCUGUUUGCCUGGUACCAGAAAGAAGUUUGGAUCUUCAAUUCAUAAAUGCUGCUAUGAGUGUGUCACAUGUCCAGAAGGAGAGAUAUCCAACACAUCUGACAGUGAAAACUGCAUAAGAUGUCCCGAUGAAGAAUGGCCAAAUAAGAAGAAGGAUCGGUGUGUUCCAAAGCUGGUGGAAUUUCUGUCCUACACUGAUGACACAAUUCCUGCAGUAAUUUCAGCUGUCUCCAUACUUUUUUGCCUUCUGACUGGUGUAAUAUUGGGAAUAUUUGUAGAUUUCCGGGACACACCCAUUGUUAAAGCUAAUAACCGGGACCUGAGCUAUCUUCUCCUGGUCUCCAUCAUGAUCAGUUUCCUUUCUGUGUUUUUGUUCCUCGGCCGUCCAGUAGAUGUAACCUGCAUGCUGCGUGUAACCUGUUUUGGUGUCAUCUUCUCAGUUGCUGUCUCUUCUCUACUUGCCAAAAGUAUCAUGGUGUGUAUUGCUUUCAAAACCACCAAACCUGGGAGUUCCUGGAGAAAAUGGAUGGGUACCAAAUUAUCCAAUGCCAUAGUGUCUGUGUGUUCAUUAGUUCAAGUACUAAUAUGUGUCACUUGGUUGUCUAUAUCUCCUCCCUUCCAGGAUAGAGACAUUCACACUUAUCAGGAAAAGAUCAUCAUUCAGUGUAAUGAGGGUUCUGUUAUCGGCUUCUACUCUGUCCUGGGAUAUAUGGGGCUUCUGGCAGCUGUGAGCUUUAUUAUAGCUUUUUUAGCCAGGACAUUACCAGACAGUUUUAAUGAGGCCAAGUACAUCACCUUCAGCAUGCUGGUGUUCUGCAGUGUCUGGAUUGCCAUGAUCCCGGCCUAUCUAAGCACUAAAGGGAAAGACACGGUGGCUGUACAGAUAUUUGCAAUAAUGGCUUCAAGUGCUGGACUUCUUGUCUGUAUAUUUUUUCCAAAAUGCUAUAUCCUUUUAUUUAGACCUGACCUGAAUACAAAAACAGAUUUACUUAUAGGCAGAGCCAAGUGA